AAUCUUUGAUCGGCUGCUUCCUGCAUGGCCCUUACUGAGGGUUGAGCCUGCAACCCCUGUAUGUGCUCGAAUUCACGUGACCUCCUGGUUCAAGGCUUGAUGUUCAACCAUUGAGCUACACUGGCCGGGCAUUUUUUGAGUGCCUACUAUGUGCCAGCUGCAAACACUUUACAGCUUCCUGGACUCCUCACUGAACCGCUGUCUCUGGGUGAUGCUUGGGAAUCCACUUUUGAUACCUGGUGAUUUAAAUAAAGUACGAGUUCGCGUGUCACCUCUGACAUGCGUGUCAUAGGUUCGCCAUCACUGUUUUGUAUGGUGUCCAUGGCCGAGUAGCCUAAAAUGUUUACUAUCUGGUUUUUUGUAGAUAAUGUAAAGUUUGUCCACCUCUGGCUUAGGGAAAGGAGGAAAUAUGGUAGAAAAAAAGCAUCUGUCUAGAAAAGUUGUGUUUAAAAAAUUAAUAGAUAAAAUGGGCUUAGGUAAAGUUUAUAUUUUUUCUAGUCCUCACCAAGGACGUUUUUUCCGUUGAUUUUCAGUGAGACUGGAAGGGAGGGAGGGGGAGAGACGGGCGGAGGCAGAGGUGCAGAGAGAGAGAAACGUGGAUGUGAGAGAGACACAUGGAUUGGGUGCCUCCCACACCCCAACGUGGGGCCAGGGAUUGAGCCUGCAACUGAGGUACGUGCCCUUGACUGGAAUUGGACCCAGGGCCCUUCCAUCCACAAGCUGAGGCUCUAUCCACUAUAAUGCAAAAUGUUUUAUAGUCUUUUGAGAGUGGGUGGACUCAUGGACCUGAUACUUUUCUCCUGAGAAAUAAACUAGAUCAAAAGAAAAAUGGCAUUUGUUGCAACACAAGGGGCCACAGUGGUUGACCAAACCACUCUGAUGAAAAAAUAUCUUCAGUUUGUGGCAGCUCUCACAGAUGUAAAUACCCCUGAUGAAACAAAGUUAAAAAUGAUGCAAGAAGUUAGCGAAAAUUUUGAGAAUGUAACAUCAUCUCCUCAAUAUUCUACAUUCCUGGAACAUAUCAUCCCUCGGUUUCUUACAUUUCUUCAAGAUGGAGAAGUUCAGUUUCUUCAGGAGAAACCAGCCCAGCAAUUGCGGAAACUAGUUCUUGAAAUCAUUCAUAGAAUACCAACCAAUGAACAUCUUCGUCCUCAUACCAAAAAUGUUCUGUCUGUGAUGUUUCGCUUUUUAGAGACGGAAAAUGAAGAAAACGUCCUUAUUUGUCUAAGAAUAAUUAUUGAGCUACACAAACAAUUCAGGCCGCCCAUCACACAAGAAAUUCAUCAUUUUUUGGAUUUUGUGAAACAGAUUUAUAAGGAGCUUCCAAAAGUAGUGAACCGCUACUUUGAGAACCCUCAGGUGAUUCCUGAGAACACAGUCCCUCCCCCAGAAAUGGUUGGUAUGAUUACAGCAAUUGCUGUGAAGGUCAAUCCUGAGCGUGAGGACAGUGAGACGAGAACACAUUCCAUCAUUCCAAGAGGAUCUCUUUCUCUGAAAGUAUUGGCAGAAUUGCCAAUUAUUGUUGUUUUAAUGUAUCAGCUCUACAAACUGAAUAUCCACAAUGUUGUUGCUGAAUUUGUGCCCCUGAUCAUGAAUACCAUUGCAAUUCAGGUGUCCGCACAGGCCAGGCAACAUAAGCUUUACAACAAGGAGUUGUAUGCUGAUUUCAUUGCUGCUCAGAUUAAAACAUUGUCAUUUUUAGCUUAUAUCAUCAGAAUUUACCAGGAGUUGGUGACUAAGUACUCUCAGCAAAUGGUAAAAGGAAUGUUACAGUUGCUUUCAAAUUGCCCAGCAGAGACUGCACACCUCAGAAAGGAGCUUCUGAUUGCUGCAAAGCACAUCCUCACGACAGAGCUGAGAAACCAGUUCAUCCCUUGCAUGGACAAGCUGUUUGAUGAAUCCAUACUAAUUGGUUCAGGAUAUACUGCUCGAGAGACGCUCAGGCCCCUCGCCUACAGCACUCUGGCUGACCUCGUGCACCACGUUCGUCAGCAUCUGCCCCUCAGUGACCUCUCCCUCGCUGUCCAGCUCUUUGCCAAGAACAUUGAUGACGAGUCCCUGCCCAGCAGCAUCCAGACCAUGUCCUGCAAGCUCCUGCUGAACCUGGUGGACUGCAUCCGCUCCAAGAGCGAACAGGAGAGCGGCAACGGGAGAGAUGUCCUGAUGCGGAUGCUGGAGGUUUUUGUUCUCAAAUUCCACACCAUUGCUCGCUACCAGCUCUCUGCCAUUUUUAAGAAGUGCAAGCCUCAGUCAGAACUCGGAGCCGUGGAAGCAGCUCUGCCGGGAGUGCCCGCUGCCCCCACAGCUCCAGGCCCUGCCCCGUCCCCAGCCCCUGUUCCCACCCCAGCCCCAGCCCCACCUCCUCCCCCUCCCCCUGCCACCCCUGUGACCCCAGCCCCUAUGCCUUCCUUUGAGAAGCAAGGAGAAAAGGACAAGGAGGACAAGCAGACAUUUCAAGUCACAGAUUGCCGAAGUUUGGUAAAAACCUUGGUCUGUGGUGUCAAGACAAUCACGUGGGGCAUAACGUCAUGUAAAGCGCCUGGUGAAGCUCAGUUCAUUCCUAACAAGCAGUUACAGCCCAAAGAAACUCAGAUUUACAUAAAACUUGUGAAAUAUGCAAUGCAGGCUUUAGAUAUUUAUCAGGUCCAGAUAGCAGGAAAUGGACAAACAUACAUUCGAGUAGCAAACUGCCAGACUGUUAGAAUGAAGGAAGAGAAGGAGGUAUUGGAACACUUUGCUGGUGUGUUCACAAUGAUGAAUCCCUUAACAUUUAAAGAAAUAUUUCAAACUACAGUUCCUUAUAUGGUGGAAAGAAUCUCAAAGAAUUAUGCUCUUCAGAUUGUUGCCAAUUCCUUCUUGGCAAAUCCUACUACCUCUGCUCUGUUUGCUACAAUUCUGGUGGAAUAUCUCCUUGAUCGCCUGCCAGAAAUGGGCUCCAACGUGGAGCUCUCCAACCUGUACCUCAAGCUGUUUAAAUUGGUCUUUGGCUCAGUCUCCCUCUUUGCAGCUGAAAAUGAACAAAUGCUAAAGCCCCACCUGCACAAGAUUGUGAACAGCUCCAUGGAGCUUGCACAGACUGCCAAAGAGCCCUAUAACUACUUCCUGCUGCUUCGGGCCCUGUUCCGCUCUAUUGGGGGCGGUAGCCAUGAUCUCCUGUAUCAGGAAUUUUUGCCUCUUCUUCCAAACCUCUUGCAAGGGCUGAACAUGUUGCAGAGCGGCCUGCAUAAGCAGCACAUGAAGGAUCUCUUCGUGGAGCUGUGUCUCACGGUGCCUGUACGGCUGAGCUCUCUCUUGCCGUAUUUGCCCAUGUUAAUGGAUCCCUUGGUGUCUGCUCUCAAUGGCUCUCAGACGUUGGUCAGCCAAGGCCUGAGGACUCUGGAGUUGUGUGUGGACAACCUGCAGCCCGAUUUCCUGUAUGACCACAUUCAGCCAGUACGCGCAGAGCUCAUGCAGGCUUUAUGGCGUACUUUACGCAAUCCUGCUGAUAGCAUUUCUCAUGUAGCCUAUCGUGUACUUGGUAAAUUUGGUGGCAGUAACAGGAAGAUGUUAAAGGAAUCCCAGAAGCUGCACUAUGUUUUGACUGAAGUUCAAGGCCCCAGUAUUACAGUGGAGUUCUCCGAUUGUAAAGCAUCUCUUCAGCUUCCAAUGGAGAAGGCCAUUGAAACCGCUUUGGACUGCCUGAAAAGUGCCAACACUGAGCCCUACUACCGGAGGCAGGCGUGGGAAGUGAUCAAGUGCUUCCUGGUGGCAAUGAUGAGUCUAGAGGACAAUAAACAUGCUCUCUACCAACUCCUUGCACACCCUAACUUUACAGAAAAGACCAUACCUAAUGUCAUCAUAUCACAUCGCUACAAAGCACAAGAUACUCCAGCUCGGAAGACAUUUGAGCAGGCUUUGACCGGGGCAUUCAUGUCUGCAGUCAUUAAAGAUCUUCGGCCCAGCGCCCUGCCCUUUGUAGCCAGCCUGAUCCGCCACUACACAAUGGUGGCAGUUGCCCAGCAGUGUGGUCCUUUCUUGCUGCCUUGCUACCAGGUGGGCAGUCAGCCCAGCACAGCCAUGUUUCACAGUGAAGAAAACGGGUCGAAAGGAAUGGAUCCAUUGGUUCUCAUUGAUGCCAUAGCUAUAUGUAUGGCAUAUGAAGAAAAGGAACUUUGCAAGAUUGGAGAGGUGGCUCUUGCUGUGAUAUUUGAUGUUGCAAGUAUCAUCCUGGGCUCAAAGGAGAGGGCAUGCCAGCUGCCUCUGUUUUCUUACAUUGUGGAGCGCUUGUGUGCGUGUUGUUAUGAGCAGGCUUGGUAUGCAAAGUUGGGGGGUGUGGUGUCCAUUAAGUUUCUCAUGGAGCGGCUGCCUCUCACUUGGGUUCUGCAGAACCAGCAGACAUUCCUCAAAGCACUUCUCUUUGUCAUGAUGGACUUAACUGGAGAGGUUUCCAAUGGGGCCGUUGCCAUGGCCAAAACCACGCUGGAGCAGCUUCUGAUGAGGUGUGCGACACCUUUAAAAGAGGAGGAGAGAGUGGAAGAGAUUGUGGCAGCUCAGGAAAAGUCUUUUCACCACGUGACACACGACUUGGUUCGAGAAGUCACCUCUCCAAAUUCCACUGUGAGGAAACAGGCUAUGCAUUCACUGCAAGUUUUGGCCCAGGUCACUGGAAAAAGUGUGACAGUGAUAAUGGAACCCCAUAAAGAGGUCCUCCAGGAUAUGGUCCCACCUAAGAAGCAUUUGCUCAGACACCAGCCUGCCAAUGCACAGAUCGGCCUGAUGGAGGGGAACACGUUCUGUACCACAUUGCAGCCCAGGCUCUUCACAAUGGAUCUUAACGUGGUGGAGCAUAAGGUGUUCUACACAGAGCUUUUGAAUUUGUGUGAGGCUGAAGAUUCAGCUUUAACAAAGCUGCCCUGUUACAAAAGUCUUCCAUCACUCGUGCCUUUGAGAAUUGCAGCACUAAAUGCACUUGCUGCCUGCAAUUACCUUCCUCAGUCCAGAGAGAAGAUCAUUGCUGCACUCUUCAAAGCACUUAAUUCCACAAAUAGUGAGCUCCAGGAGGCUGGAGAAGCCUGCAUGCGAAAGUUUUUAGAAGGUGCUACCAUAGAAGUAGAUCAAAUCCACACACAUAUGCGACCUUUGUUGAUGAUGCUGGGGGAUUAUCGAAGUUUGACGCUGAAUGUUGUGAAUCGUCUGACUUCGGUUACCAGGCUCUUCCCAAACUCCUUCAAUGAUAAAUUCUGUGAUCAGAUGAUGCAACAUCUGCGAAAGUGGAUGGAAGUGGUGGUCCUCACCCAUAAAGGGGGCCAGAGGAGCGACGGAAACGAAAGCAUUUCAGAGUGCGGGAGAUGUUCCUUGUCUCCAUUCUGUCAGUUUGAGGAAAUGAAAAUUUGUUCAGCAAUUAUAAACCUUUUUCAUCUGAUCCCAGCUGCACCUCAAACUCUGGUCAAGCCUUUGUUAGAGGUUGUGAUGAAAACAGAACGGGCUAUGUUGAUUGAGGCUGGCAGUCCCUUCAGAGAGCCUCUGAUCAAGUUCCUGACUCGGCACCCUUCCCAGACAGUGGAGCUGUUCAUGAUGGAGGCAACACUGAAUGAUCCUCAGUGGAGCAGAAUGUUUAUGAGUUUUUUAAAACACAAAGAUGCCAGACCUCUGCGAGAUGUGCUGGCUGCUAACCCCAACAGGUUCAUCACUCUGCUGCUGCCCGGCGGCGCUCAGACCGCCAUGCGCCCUGGCUCGCCCAGCACCAGCACCAUGCGCCUGGAUCUUCAGUUUCAGGCCAUCAAGAUCAUAAGUAUUAUAGUUAAAAACAAUGACUCCUGGCUGGCCAAUCAGCAUUCUCUGGUGAGCCAGCUGAGACGCGUGUGGAUCAGUGAAACCUUUCAAGAAAGACACCGGAAGGAGAACAUGGCUGCCACAAACUGGAAGGAGCCCAAGCUGCUGGCCUAUUGUCUGCUGAAUUACUGCAAAAGGAAUUAUGGAGACAUAGAAUUGCUGUUCCAGCUGCUCCGAGCCUUUACUGGUCGUUUUCUCUGCAACAUGACAUUCUUAAAAGAGUAUAUGGAGGAAGAGAUUCCCAAAAAUUAUAGCAUUGCUCAAAAACGUGCCCUGUUUUUUCACUUUGUGGAUUUCAGUGACCCCAACUUUGGAGAUGAACUGAAAGCCAAGGUUUUGCAGCAUAUCUUGAAUCCUGCUUUCUUAUACAGCUUUGAGAAGGGGGAAGGAGAGCAGCUCUUAGGACCUCCCAAUCCGGAAGGCGAUAACCCAGAAAGCAUCACCAGUGUGUUUAUAACCAAGGUCCUGGACCCAGAGAAGCAGGCGGACAUGCUGGACUCCCUGAGGAUUUACCUCCUGCAGUAUGCCACGCUGCUGGUGGAGCACGCCCCCCACCACAUCCACGACAACAACAAGAACCGCAACAGCAAGCUGCGCCGCCUGAUGACCUUCGCCUGGCCCUGCCUGCUCUCCAAGGCCUGUGUGGACCCAGCUUGCAAAUACAGUGGGCACUUACUUCUGGCACACAUUAUUGCCAAAUUUGCAAUACAUAAGAAAAUUGUCCUACAGGUUUUUCACAGUCUUCUCAAGGCCCAUGCAAUGGAAGCUCGAGCAAUUGUCAGACAAGCGAUGGCCAUUUUGACUCCGGCAGUGCCAGCCAGAAUGGAGGAUGGUCACCAGAUGCUGACCCACUGGACAAGGAAGAUCAUUGUGGAGGAGGGCCACACAGUUCCCCAGCUGGUUCAUAUUUUGCACUUGAUAGUGCAGCAUUUUAAGGUGUACUACCCCGUGCGGCACCACUUGGUACAGCACAUGGUCAGUGCCAUGCAGAGGUUGGGCUUCACACCCAGCGUCACCAUUGAGCAGAGAAGGCUGGCUGUGGACCUGUCGGAGGUUGUCAUCAAGUGGGAGCUCCAGAGGAUCAAGGACCAGCAGCCGGAUUCAGAUAUGGAUCCAAAUUCCAGUGGAGAAGGAGUCAACUCUGUGUCAUCUUCCAUUAAAAGAGGCCUGUCAGUGGAUUCCGCCCAGGAAGUGAAACGCUUUAGGACGGCCACAGGAGCAAUCAGCGCAGUGUUUGGGAGGAGCCAGUCGCUGCCUGGAGCGGACUCCCUUCUUGCCAAGCCAAUUGAUAAACAGCACACGGACACCGUGGUGAACUUCCUCAUCCGAGUGGCUUGUCAGGUUAAUGACAACACCAACACUGCCGGGUCUCCUGGGGAGGUGCUUUCUCGCCGAUGUGUGACCCUCUUGAAAACUGCCUUGCGACCAGACAUGUGGUCCAAGUCUGAGCUCAAACUGCAGUGGUUCGACAAGCUGCUGAUGAGUGUGGAGCAGCCUAAUCAAGUUAACUAUGGAAAUAUUUGCACGGGCUUGGAAGUGCUGAGUUUCUUGCUCACUGUUCUCCAGUCUCCAGCCAUCCUCAGUAGCUUCAAACCCCUGCAGCGCGGAAUCGCUGCCUGUAUGACGUGUGGAAACACCAAAGUCUUACGAGCAGUCCAUAGCCUUCUCUCACGCCUAAUGAGCAUUUUCCCAACCGAGCCAAGCACAUCCAGUGUGGCCUCCAAGUACGAAGAGCUGGAAUGCCUCUAUGCGGCCGUAGGCAAGGUCAUCUAUGAAGGACUCACCAACUAUGAGAAGGCCACCAACGCGAAUCCCUCCCAGCUCUUUGGGACCCUUAUGAUCCUCAAGUCUGCCUGCAGCAACAACCCGAGCUACAUAGACAGGCUGAUCUCGGUCUUCAUGCGCUCCCUGCAGAAGAUGGUCCGAGAGCACCUCAAUCCGCAGGCAGCCUCCGGCAGCACAGAGGCAACCUCAGGAACUAGUGAGCUGGUGAUGCUGAGUCUGGAGCUGGUGAAAACACGCCUGGCUGUGAUGAGCUUGGAGAUGAGGAAGAACUUUAUUCAGGCCAUCCUGACCUCCCUCAUUGAAAAAUCACUUGAUGCCAAAAUCCUCCGGGCUGUGGUUAAAAUUGUGGAAGAGUGGGUUAAAAAUAAUUCCCCAAUGGCAGCCAAUCAGACACCUACUCUCCGGGAGAAGUCCAUUUUGCUUGUGAAAAUGAUGACCUACAUAGAAAAGCGUUUUCCAGAAGACCUUGAGUUAAACGCACAGUUCUUAGACCUUGUUAACUAUGUCUACAGGGAUGAGGCACUGUCUGGCAGUGAGCUGACUGCAAAACUCGAGCCUGCCUUUCUCUCUGGGCUGCGUUGUGCCCAGCCACUCAUCAGGGCGAAGUUUUUUGAGGUUUUUGACAACUCUAUGAAACGUCGGGUUUACGAGCGUCUGCUUUAUGUGACCUGCUCCCAGAAUUGGGAAGCCAUGGGGAACCACUUUUGGAUUAAGCAGUGCAUCGAGCUUCUCUUGGCCGUGUGUGAGAAGAGCACUCCCAUUGGUACCAGCUGCCAAGGAGCUAUGCUCCCGUCCAUCACCAAUGUCAUCAACCUGGCCGACAGCCAUGAUCGAGCAGCCUUUGCCAUGGUCACACAUGUCAAGCAGGAGCCUCGGGAGCGAGAGAACAGCGAGUCCAAAGAGGAGGAUGUUGAGAUAGAUAUUGAACUGGCUCCUGGAGAUCAGACCAGCACACCCAAAACCAAAGAACUUUCUGAAAAGGACAUUGGAAACCAGCUGCAUAUGUUAACCAACAGACAUGACAAAUUUCUUGAUACUCUCCGAGAAGUGAAGACGGGGGCCCUGCUCAGCGCCUUCGUCCAGCUGUGCCACAUUUCUACCACCCUGGCCGAGAAGACCUGGGUCCAGCUUUUUCCCAGGUUGUGGAAAAUUCUAUCUGACCGACAGCAGCAUGCGCUAGCUGGUGAGAUUAGCCCGUUCCUGUGCAGUGGCAGUCACCAGGUGCAGCGGGAUUGUCAGCCCAGCGCACUGAACUGCUUCGUGGAAGCCAUGUCCCAGUGUGUCCCUCCGAUCCCCAUCAGACCCUGCGUUCUGAAGUACUUGGGGAAAACACACAACCUUUGGUUCCGCUCCACAUUAAUGCUAGAGCACCAGGCUUUUGAAAAAGGUCUGAGUCUGCAGAUUAAGCCAAAGCAAACAACGGAAUUUUAUGAGCAGGAGAGCAUAACUCCACCUCAGCAGGAGAUACUGGAUUCCCUUGCAGAACUUUACUCUUUGUUACAAGAGGAAGAUAUGUGGGCUGGUUUGUGGCAGAAGCGUUGCAAGUAUUCCGAGACAGCAACUGCUAUUGCUUACGAACAGCAUGGAUUCUUUGAGCAGGCACAAGAGUCCUAUGAGAAGGCAAUGGAUAAAGCCAAAAAAGAGCACGAGAGGAGCAAUGCAUCCCCUGCUAUUUUCCCAGAAUACCAGCUCUGGGAGGACCACUGGAUUCGGUGCUCUAAGGAAUUGAACCAGUGGGAAGCCUUGACGGAGUACGGCCAGUCCAAAGGUCACAUAAACCCUUACCUUGUCCUGGAGUGUGCUUGGCGCGUGUCUAACUGGACAGCCAUGAAGGAGGCGUUGGUGCAGGUAGAAGUAAGUUGUCCCAAGGAGAUGGCUUGGAAGGUCAACAUGUACCGUGGGUACUUGGCUAUCUGCCAUCCUGAGGAGCAGCAGCUCAGCUUCAUCGAACGCCUGGUGGAAAUGGCCAGCAGCUUGGCCAUCCGGGAGUGGCGGCGCUUGCCUCAUGUGGUGUCCCAUGUGCACACGCCUCUUCUCCAGGCCGCCCAGCAAAUCAUUGAACUUCAGGAAGCUGCGCAAAUAAAUGCAGGUUUACAGCCGACCAACCUGGGAAGGAACAACAGCCUGCACGACAUGAAGACGGUGGUAAAGACCUGGAGGAACAGGCUGCCCAUUGUGUCUGACGACUUGUCCCACUGGAGCAGCGUCUUCAUGUGGCGGCAGCAUCAUUACCAGGGUAAACCUACCUGGUCCGGCAUGCAUUCAUCAUCUAUUGUAACUGCGUAUGAAAAUAGUUCUCAGCAUGAUCCAAGUUCCAAUAAUGCUAUGCUUGGAGUUCAUGCAUCAGCUUCAGCAAUCAUCCAGUAUGGAAAAAUUGCCCGGAAACAAGGACUGGUCAAUGUAGCUCUGGAUAUAUUAAGUCGUAUUCAUACUAUUCCAACUGUUCCUAUCGUGGAUUGCUUCCAGAAGAUCCGACAGCAAGUCAAAUGCUACCUCCAACUGGCCGGAGUCAUGGGGAAAAACGAGUGUAUGCAGGGACUUGAAGUUAUAGAAUCUACAAACUUAAAAUACUUCACAAAAGAGAUGACAGCUGAAUUUUAUGCACUGAAGGGAAUGUUCUUGGCUCAGAUUAACAAGUCUGAGGAAGCAAACAAAGCCUUUUCUGCAGCUGUGCAGAUGCAUGAUGUGCUGGUGAAGGCUUGGGCCAUGUGGGGCGAUUACCUGGAGAACAUCUUCGUGAAGGAGCGGCAGCUGCAUCUCGGAGUGUCUGCCAUUACCUGUUACCUGCAUGCAUGCCGGCAUCAGAACGAGAGCAAAUCAAGGAAAUACUUAGCCAAGGUGCUGUGGCUUUUAAGUUUCGAUGAUGAUAAAAACACUUUGGCAGAUGCCGUCGACAAGUACUGCAUUGGUGUGCCACCCAUCCAGUGGCUGGCCUGGAUCCCGCAGCUGCUCACCUGCCUGGUGGGCUCAGAAGGAAAGCUGCUUUUGAACCUCAUCAGCCAGGUCGGACGCGUGUAUCCCCAGGCAGUCUACUUUCCCAUCCGGACCCUGUACCUGACUCUGAAAAUAGAGCAGCGGGAACGCUACAAGAGUGAUUCUGGACAGCAGCAGCCAAGUUCAGUGGGUAACCAGUCCCAUUCUGCAUCAGAUCCAGGGCCCAUAAGAGCAACAGCACCCAUGUGGCGCUGCAGCCGAAUCAUGCACAUGCAGCGGGAACUGCACCCAACCCUUCUGUCUUCCCUGGAAGGCAUCGUCGAUCAGAUGGUCUGGUUCCGAGAAAACUGGCACGAAGAGGUUCUCAGGCAGCUCCAACAGGGCCUGGCAAAAUGUUACUCUGUCGCAUUUGAGAAAAGUGGAGCAGUGUCUGAUGCCAAAAUCACCCCCCACACUCUGAACUUCGUCAAGAAGUUGGUGAGCACGUUCGGGGUGGGCCUGGAGAACGUCUCCAACGUCUCCACCAUGUUCUCCAGCGCGGCCUCCGAGUCUCUAGCCAGGCGGGCGCAGGCCACUGCGCAGGACCCUGUCUUCCAGAAGCUGAAGGGCCAGUUCACCACCGAUUUUGACUUCAGUGUUCCAGGAUCCAUGAAGCUUCAUAACCUCAUUUCUAAAUUGAAAAAGUGGAUCAAAAUUCUGGAGGCCAAAACCAAGCAACUUCCAAAAUUCUUCCUCAUAGAAGAAAAGUGUCGGUUUUUGAGCAAUUUCUCCGCACAGACAGCUGAAGUGGAAAUCCCAGGGGAGUUCCUGAUGCCAAAGCCGACGCACUAUUAUAUCAAGAUUGCUCGGUUUAUGCCCAGGGUGGAAAUUGUGCAGAAGCACAACACCGCAGCCAGGAGGCUGUACAUCCGCGGGCACAACGGCAAGAUCUACCCGUACCUGGUCAUGAACGACGCCUGCCUGACGGAGUCGCGGAGGGAGGAGCGCGUGCUGCAGCUGCUUCGCCUGCUGAACCCCUGCUUAGAGAAGAGAAAAGAAACCACCAAGCGGCACUUAUUUUUCACAGUUCCGCGAGUUGUGGCGGUGUCGCCACAGAUGCGCCUCGUGGAAGACAACCCCUCUUCUCUUUCCCUCGUGGAGAUCUACAAGCAGCGCUGUGCCAAGAAGGGCAUCGAGCAUGACAACCCCAUCUCGCGCUACUACGACAGGCUGGCCACGGUGCAGGCGCGUGGGACGCAAGCCAGCCACCAGGUCCUUCGAGACAUCCUCAAGGAAGUGCAGAGCAACAUGGUGCCGCGCAGCAUGCUGAAGGAGUGGGCUCUGCACACCUUCCCCAACGCCACGGACUACUGGACGUUCCGGAAGAUGCUCACCAUCCAGCUCGCACUGAUUGGCUUCGCGGAGUUCGUCCUGCAUUUAAACCGGCUCAACCCCGAGAUGUUACAGAUCGCCCAGGACACUGGCAAACUGAACGUCGCCUACUUCCGCUUUGAUAUCAACGACGCGACUGGAGACCUAGAUGCCAACCGUCCUGUUCCUUUUCGCCUCACGCCCAAUAUUUCUGAAUUUCUGACCACCAUCGGCGUCUCUGGCCCCUUGACCGCCUCCAUGAUUGCUGUUGCCCGGUGCUUUGCUCAGCCAAACUUUAAGGUGGACGGCAUCCUGAAAACUGUGCUUCGGGACGAGAUCAUCGCUUGGCACAAAAAGACACAGGAGGACACCUCUUCUCCUCUCUCGGCCGCCGGGCAGCCCGAGAACAUGGACAGUCAGCAGCUGGUCUCCCUGGUGCAGAAAGCUGUCACCGCCAUCAUGACCCGCCUGCACAACCUCGCCCAGUUUGAAGGCGGGGAGAGCAAAGUGAACACCCUGGUGGCCGCUGCCAACAGCCUGGACAACCUGUGCCGCAUGGACCCCGCCUGGCACCCCUGGCUGUGACACGGCCACUCCCACCUCGGAGGUGAAGGCCGCCGCUCAGGCUCCCGCACUGGCCUCCCCGCGCCGCCUCUGCCCUGUCCAUGUGAUGCUGGGGCCUCCAGGCUUCCGCGGUACAGUCGGUACAGUCGUGGCCCUGCUCGCUGUGUGAGAAAGAGGGUGAGUCAGGGUCGAGGGAGCUGAGCCAUGGAGGUGAGGCCACUUGAAAUGCUGGAGCUGAAACUCGAAGCUUUUAAAAUAACCUUUCAGGAAACCAAGAUUCCCUGGCCUGGAGUAGGUGAAAGCAUCGCCCCUCCGUCUGCGGGCGGACAGACUGAACUGUAGGAAACAGUUCGGAAUGUCCUUUUUAACUUUCAGAAGUCACGCCUGGCGGGAGCUCGUGCUCUGUACAGACCUUUGUAACAGCUGCACAGAAACCCGCCUGGUGAGAGCCACGGGAAAUUAUGAACACACCCUGCUGGCUUCACCCCAGCACAAACUUCCAUGCUGCGUGGCCAGCGCUGGGAACCGCACCGAGCCCCGGGGGAGCCGGCAGGUGACUUCCGCUUUCUGUCGGCCAGCUCUUUGAAUGUCUUCUAGACACUUACUAUCAUUGUACCUGAAAAAAAAAUCACUUCUUCCUAAUUUAAAAAGAAGCAGCAACAGAAGUUUGUUAGCUCAUCUGUGUUCACAUUUUUAUAAAUAUGAGUAUUGAGAACGUUCUAUCUAAAUUUGUACAGUGUGAUUUUUUUAGAAUAAAUAUUUUAUAAAAGGA